GUGAUGUAAACACAACUCAUCGUUUGAGACAAUGAGUGAAUCAUUCAAAUCAAGUCUAAGACACAAUCAAACACCUGAUGACCAAUGGAUCCAAUCAUUGGAUGGUUUGACGCGUUUGAUAGACUCGAAGAUUGAAUGCAAACGUAAGAGUAUUAGUGAGGAUCGGAUCAAAUUGAAUGGGAGUCGAGGUGUCUGGAGGUGUGAUCUCAAACUGGUCGAAGUGACACAUAAUAAGGGCAUCAAUGGAUCCAUUGGUUUGACCAUUAAUUCACUUAAAUAUCUGAAGCCUUUCGAAGCCCUUUAUCUCAUGGAAAGCCAAUCAAUGGAAGUACUGUUUGAUGGCAUUCCUCUAAUGAUCGAUGAAACCAAAUGUGUGUCCAAUGAGUCGAUUAUCUAUGAAAUCAAAGACAAUGAAAGUGCUGUUGAGUUGGACUCAUCGCUCGUACUGUUCAAUGGAAAAGUGAAGCCAUUGUGUGAUUUGGGAUCUAUUUUGUCGUCCGACGAGUUGUUUUCAUUGAUCCAAUCAUUUGGUCCCAAACACCGACAAUAUGGAGUCACUUCUGAGUCUAAGUAUAACUUAAUUGUCGAUGUCUUCAGACAAUCAGACAAUAAGUUGGAAGAGAAUCCAUGUUUUCAUGUGAUUGUGACAAAAGCCGAUCAAACGGUUCCACGAAUAGAAGAAGUGAUUGAUUUGCAGCAUAAGUGUCGCUCAAAACGAUUACUGUUUGCUGUCAUCAACUCCAAUGAUAUCACCUUUUAUUCGUUGGCUGUGGCAGCGGAACAAGUCAAGAGAUCCAUAUUUAUUGCUUCAUUCUCGGUGGCAAUCAUCUCAUCCCUCACUCCGGGAAUCAUGAGUUAUGGGAAUAGUUUGCAGAAUCAUAUGAUCCAUAUUCUCUUCAGUGUCAUCGUCUGUAUCCUCGCUCUCAUCUGA